UGGGGAAAAAAAUCAGUAGUGGGGAUUUAGAGGAAAGUUGAUGGUAUUAAACAAGUUUUUUGUCAAUUUAUAUAAAAAUAUAAUUUACUCAAUAAGAAAAUAAAUAUAAUUUUUAAUGUGAAAAUAUAAAAUAACAAAAAAAAACAGCAAAACAAUGAUUUCUAAAGUUUUUAAAAAUAACAAUUUUUAAUUUAUAAACAUGACACGUCUCCGACAAAAUAUUGUUCACUUCUCAUAUAUGUUUUCAGUAAUAAGUAAAAAAAAAUAAUGAUAAUAAAUCAAAAUUGCUCGAAAUACUUUCUCGUAAAAAUUAAUUAAAAUUAUUAUUUACGUGAUUGUCAGUGCUUUGAAAAAAGUUAAAAAUGUUUUCGCCCAGGAAAUUAGAUCCUGAACUGGAAAAAUUACGCAAUGAAAUUGUUGGUCCACCGAAUUUAGGUACAUUUUUAUUGCAUUUUCAAAAACUUUCAUCACAAAUUCACGCCUCCUUUAUUUUCGAAAACGAAGGAAAAGCUAUUUUACAGAAACUUUGUUUAUUAUUGAGUUCAACAGCUUCGGGUAAAAUUUAUGCCGAUUGGCAAGAUUUUGCCGCACAUUUGGGUCUAUUACAAGAACAAAUACGAUGUAUAGAUCACGAUUUCAAGGGACUGGAGGAUCCAACAUAUUAUGUUUUAUUAGCAUAUGUACAAUCUCCAGAAGCUACACUCGACAAAAUUUUGACAGCUUUGGCAAAAUUAGAACGUAUGGAUAUUAUAAAUCGAAUAAAAAAUUUGAUUACUGAUUUUGUUGGAAAAUUAAUUUCUGAUAAAAGUACAGAUCACAAUUUAGAAAUUCUACGACCAAAAAUGAUACCAAGGGCGCCAUUAGUUUUAAGUCCAAUGAUAAAAAUUAGUUUACAUCCAAAUGAAAUUAAAAAUAAAUCUUCAAUUGCCCUAAAUAAAACGCAAGAUUUAACGAGGUCAAAAAACAAUAAAACAAUUUAUGGAAGUGUUGUAAUGUUAACUUUUGCCAAAGAUGGAGAACAGUCUGCGCUUAAUAUUACAAAAAUGUUCAGAUCAAUGGAACCGAAAAUCGGUGUUUUAAUUCUUAAGGAACAAGAGAAAUAUGUUUACAGUAGAGGAGUAGAAUUCGUAGACGAUUGUUUCAAACAGGUGAAUUAUAUUGUUCCAAUAUUAACAAAAGAUUACAUUCAACAAAUAAACAGCCCGACUAAUUUAUAUAAUCAAGAAAAUAGUACCCUGGAUACAAAAUAUUUAAAAUAUAUGUAUUCGUUAUUGAAGUACGAGUACAUAAAUCAAGAUUGUUGUAAUAGUAGAGUCAGAUGCAUUCUUCCAGAUAGUGAAACACAAAAUAUCAUCAAAUGCGAUUUACAUCCUACUUUACAAGCAUGGUUUAAAGAAACUGAUUUAAAAACAUUUGCUGAACGAAUUCUUUUAAAGAAAUUUUAAACAAUUAUAUUGUUUUUCAAUUCUUUUUCUUUUUUGUAAAUAAUCAUUGUAUUUUAUAAACGAGUUAAGUUUGAUAAUAAAAAUUAUUAUACUUUUGUUAUUGAUACAAAUU